GCGACGGACAAGCGCGAGCACAGCGCCUCCGCCUCCGCCAUCAGCGCGACCGCCAUCGCAAGGUGCGCUGAUCUGUUUCAUCGCGACUAGCCACGAAGAAAUGCCCGUAGGUUCGAGAUCAAUCAGUCCGGGUUCUUGUGCCACGGGCAUGGAGGUAUUACUGCCGUCGAGCCAGUAACGCGAGCGUACGACACCACGAAGCCAGUCCUGCACGCGCCGCCCCGUUGUCGCGCGAGAGCGAGCAUCGCAUCACCACCGCUCACGUCGGGUCAGCUGCUGCUGCUGUUGCUGGUGCUGCUGCACCGCGCUGCCUACCCUACGCUAGGUUGUUGGUGUGUGUAUUUAGUCGCCUCGCCGCCGCCGCCGUGAUCGUAACCGCGAUCGUGAUACUUCCAUCGGGGUACGCCGCGCGGGCUUGUGUACGAUGGAGCUACGUGUUGGUAACAAGUACCGGCUAGGACGGAAAAUCGGGAGCGGCUCCUUUGGCGACAUUUACCUAGGUACCAAUAUUUCUACAGGCGAAGAAGUCGCUAUCAAAUUAGAAUGCAUAAAAACGCGACAUCCACAGCUGCACAUAGAGUCCAAGUUUUACAAGAUGAUGCAAGGAGGCGUUGGAAUACCAACCAUAAAAUGGUGUGGUUCAGAAGGUGACUAUAACGUGAUGGUGAUGGAAUUACUUGGACCAUCACUGGAAGACUUAUUUAAUUUUUGUUCAAGGCGUUUUUCUCUGAAAACGGUCCUGCUCCUUGCCGAUCAAUUGGUAAACAAAUAUUCCUUCUAUUAUAAAAAUUUAUCUUAUCUAGAUGUUAUAUAUAAAUAA